AUGACCACAGGUCCGACCCCGUCGCGGCUCCCCCAGCCGGGCAAGCAGAACAUCCUGAUCACGAGCGCCCUGCCCUACGCCAACAACGUCCCUCACCUGGGCAACAUCAUCGGAAGCGUGCUCUCUGCCGAUGUUUUCGCUCGCUUUAGCCGCGCACGAGGCUUGCCCACCCUGUAUAUCUGCGGUACCGAUGAGUACGGCACCGCGACCGAGACCCAGGCCCUCGCCGAAGGCGUAGACCCUGCCACUCUGUGCACCAAGUAUAAUGCUAUCCACCGCGACAUCUACGCCUGGUUCCAGAUCGAUUUCGACAUAUUCGGUCGCACCCCUACCCCUCAGCACACCGAGAUCGUCCAGGCCAUCUUCAAGCGGCUUUGGGAGAACGGCUUUAUCGAGGAGCGGGAGACCGAGCAGGCCUAUUGUCCUGCACACUCUUCCUUCCUCGCCGAUCGCUUCGUCGAGGGCGAAUGCAGCCUAUGUCAUGCUGCUGGCGCCCGUGGUGACCAGUGUGACGGCUGUGGAAAUCUUCUGGACCCCUUAGAGCCGGUUGGGGAUAGCAAGGGGGAGAGCGGAGAAGAUAGGAAAGCGACGGGUUGGCUCAUUAACCCUCGUUGCAAGCUAGACGGUGCGACGCCGGAAAGACGGACAACGAAGCACCUUUAUCUCCGCUUGGAUGCUCUACAACCCGAGAUCAAGAGUUGGCUCGAAACAACUAGUAACAUAAAAGAGUGGAACUCCAACGCCAUCGCUAUCACCCAAUCGUGGAUUCACGACGGGUUAAAACCCCGUAGCAUUACGAGGGAUCUCCGAUGGGGUGUCCCAGUCCCCAAAGACACUCCCGGCCUAUCUAGCGAGGAUUUCGAGAACAAGGUCUUUUACGUCUGGUUCGAUGCCUGCAUUGGCUACCCAUCAAUCACCAAGUGCUAUACCGAUAGAGACGAUCCCUCGGGCAAGAACUGGGAAUUGUGGUGGAAGAAUCCCGGCGAGGUGUCCCUCUACCAAUUUAUGGGCAAGGACAAUGUUCCAUUCCACAGCAUCAUCUUCCCGGGUUCCCAGAUCGGGACGAGAGAAAAAUGGACUCAGGUCACCCGGCUGUCCACCACGGAGUAUCUCAACUACGAAGGCGGGAAGUUUAGCAAGUCCAAGAACGUCGGCGUAUUCGGCAACCGCGCGAAAGAUACCGGCGUCGAUGUGGACGUGUGGAGGUACUAUCUGCUGUCGCGACGUCCCGAAACCAGCGACUCUGAGUUUAGCUGGCGGGAGUUUGUCGAUGCCAACAAUAACGAUCUCCUCAAGAACCUAGGAAACUUUUGCAACCGAGUCCUCAAGUUCUGCCACACAAAGAUGGAUGCUGUGGUGCCGGAUUACCGCACCUACGCGGACCCGGAAAAUCUGCUAAAGCCGUAUAAGGAGGAGGUCAAUGCCCUGCUUCAGACUUACAUCUCCAACCUCCAAGCCACGAAGCUAAGAGCUGGUCUGUCCACAAUCCUCAGCAUAUCUGCGUUAGGCAACAAACUACUGCAGGACAAUAAGCUCAGCAACCAGCUCCUGUCAGAAGACCCGGAUCGUUGCGCUGCCGUGAUCGGCCUCGCCAUCAACCAACUGCACCUCAUCGCCAACGUCUUAUUCCCGUACAUGCCGGGAACAGCCGGCUCUAUCUUUACCCAGCUCGGUAUUCCCGGCUCGGGGAAUGAGCGAUUUUCCAUUCCGGACACGUGGGUGAGCGACGUCAUCGCCCCCGGCCACGCCAUCGGCGAGCCAAAAUUGCUCUUCUCCGCGAUCCCAACAGGAAAGGCGGAGGAAUGGCGCGAGGCGUUCGGUGGCGAGGAGCUGCGACGUCAGAAGGCGAUCGAGGCGGAGAAGGCGGCGGCCAAGAAAGCAGCCAAAGACAAGGAGAAGGAGAGAAAGCGGCUCAAGAAGCAGGGUCUCGCAGACGCUGCUAGCGGCGUGACAGCACAGGAGCCAUCAGAGCAGUUCAAGGACUUGAGCAUCCAGGGCGAUGGCGAGGGCGGGACAACAGGGGCGUCAAGGGAAGAAAAAGUGAAGGCAUAGCGUGUGGGUUGAGGGGAUUGAUUUUGUGUAGGUAUAACGGCGAGAGUGGCAGGGCGCUGGUAUAGAGGCAUUUGAGAAGCCGCCUUCGGAUUGCGACGUAGGUAGCAUAGGGACCAAUGCGGACGGGAUGCCGGGAUGCCGGGAUAACAAAGCGGCGGUUCUCGCGGUGGAUACCAGCGUGGCGGCGAUUUUCCCUUUCUUCUGGGGUUCUUAGCCAGACCGGGUGGGUAUAAAGCACCCGAGCGAAAGGAACCCAAGUGAGGAUAUUCCAUCCAUCUAAAUAGCUAGUUAUAUAUAGCUAGUUGCAUACAGCUGGCGAUAUAUAGCUAGCCAGGUAGAUAUAUGGGCAUUGUAGCAAUACGCCACAUCGGCGUCUCGACAGGCCGGGCGGGAGCGGGAGCGGGAGCGGGGGGCACCCAGGCGGAGCGCCGACCUCAGAAGUACCUCCUGUAUAUCCUCAAGCCACCGGCUCAAAGGGCUGCCCAGCACACAGAUCUCCUCGCCCUUGCAUAGCCCAUUGUCCCUACAUCUUUGCCC